CUCACUCCGGCUCUCCAAUUUUCGAUGGCCGUCUUUUCCCCCACUUCCGUCAUCUCUCUUUCAUCGCCCAAUGCGCGUCCGUCACGCUCUUCUUCGUUUCCUGCCUCCUCCUCUGCCGCCUUUCCUCCACGGCUUCGAUCUCCGGCAAUGGUGGGUUCUUCCUCCCCUCGUGUCGUCGCUCGCUUCUCGCCUCCUUCCCAACUGGAGCCUGUCCCAGACGGGGCCAAUCCAAGACCUCAUGCAGCAAGUAUGACACCCUUUGGUGCGAUCACAGAUGAAAGUUCCAUGCCGAAGCCAUCAUAUAAAUGGCAUAGGGUAUUGCUGAAAGUAAGCGGGGAAGCACUUGCUGGAGAUCACACACAAAAUAUUGAUCCAAAGAUUACGAUGUCGAUUGCAAGGGAGGUUGCUUCUGUCACGAGACUUGGGAUUGAGGUUGCCAUAGUGGUUGGUGGGGGUAAUAUCUUCCGUGGAGCCUCUUGGGCAGGGUGUAGUGGUCUUGACCGAGCUUCUGCAGAUUACAUUGGCAUGCUGGCAACAGUUAUGAAUGCAAUUUUCCUGCAAGCAACAAUGGAAAGCAUUGGCAUUCCUACACGUGUCCAGACUGCAUUUCGCAUGUCAGAAGUUGCAGAGCCAUAUAUAAGAAGAAGGGCUAUGAGGCAUUUGGAGAAAGGGAGAGUUGUUAUAUUUGCUGCUGGAACUGGCAAUCCCUUCUUCACAACGGAUACCGCUGCUGCUCUCCGCUGUGCAGAAAUUAAUGCGCAGGUUAUGCUUAAAGCAACAAAUGUUGAUGGUGUAUAUGACGAUGACCCCAAGCUUAACCCAAAUGCUCACAUUCUUGACACUCUAAGCUAUCAUGAUGUGACCACAAAGGAUCUCUCUGUGAUGGACAUGACUGCUGUUACUUUGUGCCAAGAAAAUAAAAUACCUGUUGUUGUGUUUAACUUGAAUAAACCUGGAAAUAUUGCAAAAGCUAUUGUUGGUGAGAAGGUCGGUACUCUGAUUGGUGGAAUUCCAAAUGAGCAGCAACGGUAUGAACGAAGCAUGAUAAGUCAUGAAUUGAAGACGUUAAACAACUUCGAAAUUUAAGAUUUUGUUUAUUUAUUUAUCUAAUUGUGAGCUGCAUGUUUGUGCACGGGUGUAAGUGGGGAGGGGCUGGAUAUGCUUCACAAAUUUAUGAAUUAUCUAGCUGUAUAUGAAUUUUGUAGAGUUGUUUUUAGUCUUUAAAAGAUCUUUAAGCUUCAAAGAGAAGCUUUUUGGGGGAAUCUUGCUAUUUGCUUAAUAAUGAUCUUUGUCUGCCUCAUUAUUGGAA